GUUGGAAUCCUUGCCAAGUCCUACAUUGAUCAAGGGCGGCUUAUUCCAGAUGACAUCAUGACACGACUAGUGCUGAAUGAGCUAAAAGGUCUAGAUCGGUACAACUGGCUAUUGGAUGGUUUCCCGAGAACGGUUGCUCAGGCAGAAGCCCUGGAUAAAGAAUGUCAAAUAGACACUGUGAUUGACCUAGAUGUGCCAUUUGAGACCAUAAAAUGUCGGCUCACAGCACGUUGGAUCCACCCUGCCAGUGGCAGAGUCUACAAUCUUGAAUUCAGUCCUCCCAAAGUGCAGGGCAUUGAUGAUAUUACUGGAGAGCCACUUGUUCAGCGUGAUGAUGAUAAGCCAGAGACAGUUACCAAGAGGCUGCAGGCUUAUGAUGCACAAACAAAACCUGUUCUAGAAUAUUAUCGGGAAAAAGGGUUAUUGAAAUCCUUCUCUGGAACAGAAACCAAUAAGAUCUGGCCACAUAUCUAUGCUUUCCUCCAAACCAAGUUGCCAGAUGUGAGCCAGAAAGAUGCUGACAAUCCCAGGUGAAAAUAGGUCUAACUUCUGCUCAUCUCAUAGCUCACACUUGAUUAUAUGACAUUCAGCAAUCACGGAUUUGUCUAAGUAGUCUACCAGACUGAUCAGUAAUUAAAGUCUAAUGUUGUCCUUAACCUACAUUAUGAUAGAACUUUGUUGCCUGUGGUUCUCACUUUAAUGCUGUAUUUUUUUAUAUUAAAUAUACAUAAUUUUAUAAUAUAGUAACUGAAUUUA